CGCUACCAUUCUUCCAUUGUACCCAACCCAACACACCUCAGGCUUCCUUCUUCCAGCAAUGGCGGCUCUGACCGGUGCAGCGCUCCUCCUCGCCAGCCUCCUUGCUCUUGCAGCCAUAGCCAGCGGCAACACCGAAGGUGACAUCCUCUACUCGCAAAGGCUGGCGUGGAAGGACCCCAACAACGUGCUGCAGAGCUGGGAUCCUACCCUUGUCAACCCCUGCACUUGGUUCCAUGUCACCUGCAACAACGUCAACUCCGUCAUCCGAGUGGACUUGGGGAAUGCAGGCCUCUCAGGCGCCCUGGUUCCUGGACUGGGACGAAUGGUGAACCUUCAGUACCUGGAGCUGUUUGGGAACAAUAUCAGUGGACCGAUUCCAGCAACCCUCGGCAACCUGACACGCCUGGUCAGCCUUGAUCUCUACGACAACCGUCUCACCGGCGCGAUACCAGCCUCGCUCGGGAACAUCGGGACGCUGCGUUUCCUGAGGCUGCACGGGAACAAGCUUGCAGGUGGUAUACUGUCGUCGUUGGGCCGUCUGACGAAGCUUCAAACUUUGGAGCUUCAGGAGAACAUGCUGACCGGCACAGUGCCGCUGGAAGUCCUCUCUCUUGUUCUUCUUGGGGACUUGACUGAACUUAACGUUGCCAAGAACAGUCUGGCCGGCACUGUCAAAUCAUCUAAACCAAGAGUAGCUACCGUCAUCCAGGACACGCUCAAGACUACACGUCUACAUGCUGAGCAGCACUGACAACCUGAACUUUUCUAAGAAUAAACUGAAUGUUUUUUUUCCUUUUGAAACUGCUGGAAGAGGCUGUAGCCUUUUAUUCCGUUAAGAGCCCCUAGCUUACAUCCAUUUCUAGAGAGAAAAAGGGAAAAGGUGAAAGGUAGUUGAACACAUUGUAAUCAGUGCAACUUCAUAAUAAUGAAUCUUUCUCUGCACCUUUAGUGCAUA